AUGGCUUCUUCACGAGGCCACCAGCCUGGAGGCCACGGCUUCGAUGAGGAGGAGCUCUCCAUGUCGCUCUCGCCCUCUCAGAUUCGACGCAACAACCAGGGCCCCCAAGUCCCCUCCAUCAACGUCUCCCACCCGGUCGCCGAAUCCUCCAGCAGCAGAGCACGAGCUGGCUCGGUCAACCUUGCCAAGGCGAAGCUGGAGAAGGCCCGAACCGAGUCCCGAGUGGGCGCAUACAAUGUCAUCCGAACCCUGGGCGAGGGCUCCUUUGGCAAAGUCAAGCUCGCAGUACAUCGCAUGACCGGCCAGCAGGUCGCUCUGAAGAUCAUAGCCCGCAAGAAGUUGAUCAGUAGGGACAUGGUUGGUCGCGUCGAGCGUGAGAUUGAGUAUCUUCAACUCCUCCGACACCCCCACAUCAUCAAGCUCUACACGGUGAUCAAGACUCAAAAUGAAAUCAUCAUGGUCUUGGAGUAUGCCGGCGGGGAGCUGUUCGAUUACAUCGUAUCACACGGCAAGCUGGACGAGCAACAGGCCCGCCGCUUCUUCCAGCAGAUGAUAUGCGCCGUCGAAUACUGUCAUCGACACAAAGUUGUGCACCGAGACCUGAAACCCGAGAACCUGCUGCUCGACGAACAACUGAACGUCAAAAUUGCCGACUUCGGUCUUAGUAACAUCAUGACGGAUGGAAACUUCCUCAAGACAAGUUGUGGAAGCCCCAAUUACGCGGCGCCAGAAGUUAUUAGCGGAAAGCUGUAUGCGGGCCCCGAGGUCGAUGUUUGGAGCUGCGGUGUCAUUCUGUAUGUGCUGCUGGUGGGCAGACUGCCUUUCGACGACGACCAUAUUCCUAGCCUGUUCGCCAAGAUUCAACGGGGUGUCUUCACUGUACCGCAUUGGGUCGCGUCAGACGCUGCGGCUCUGAUCCGCAGAAUGCUCCAGACCAACCCGGUCCAACGAGCAACCAUUGACGAUAUCAAACAAGACUCGUGGUUUUGGACGGACCUGCCUCCCUACCUCACCCCGCCGGUCGAGGAAUUCCUCAACACUGGUGUCGACCCCAACAGGUCGAUCAAGCCAAGUGAUAUUGCACCCCACGCGUCUGCCAAGGUUCAAGAAAAGCUGCACAACGAGGUCACCGAGAAGAUAAGCAAGACGAUGGGUUACGGCAAACGAGAUGUUCAAGAGGCACUCGAAGCUGCUGAGCCAUCUGCGAUCAAGGACGCCUACAUGAUUGUGCGCGAGAACAAGCUGAUGCAAGUCAACCCUUCGUACGGCAAAGGAGCGGACAACCCGUACUUUGCGACCUCUCCCCCACCCUCAGAUCACGAGGAAAACAUGCGAAGCGUCUCAGAAGCCAUGGGUGAUGUCAAGCUCGACAAGGGAAAGCAGCGGGAGGAGUCGUCCGAGUACGCAGCCGACCCUCAGGCAAGCCCUGUAGCCGAUUCUACUCGAUCUACCACCUCGACCAUUGCUAGCAGCAGUUCCCCACGUGGAUACGUGAGCCGCGUUGGUAUCUUGCCGACAAGUCUACCUGCUCUGCACAGAGAGUACCUUGAACGCCAGAAUGCAGGUUUCGAAGAACCCCUCAAUUCUCAGCCGAUGCCCGACGUUCCUCUUCAGCCGAUGCCUGAUGUUCCUCUUCAGCCUAGAACGCCUGCUGAACAACAAGAAGCGGUCCGCCGCCUUAAGCCUCACUCGAAGAGCGCCGUCCGAGUCGACGAUAACAACGCCCGCCCACAAGGGAUGACUCCGGUGGCGUCGAAGAAGCCUAAGCCAGUCCGCUGGCAAUUCGGUAUUCGAUCUAGAAACGCGCCGUUUGAAGCUCUCUUGUGCAUCUACAAGGCGCUGUCGAAGCUCGGUGCGUCGUGGGUAUUGGAUGAGAACUACCACGAGGUGCAUGGCAACCAACCAGAUUCUCAUCGAUUCCGUGGCAAGAUUGAGAAGGUCAACCCGUACGAAGGCAUUCCUCCGGAAGAAAUCGAUCUCAAGACUUUCGAUGUCUGCAAGUACUACAACUUGCCCGCUGACCCCUGGCAUAUCGUUUGUCGUUGGCGUAAAGAUGACCUCCGCAAGAGCUCGGUCUCUUCUGGCAAUUCCAGCGCCGAGGCCGCUUCCGAGGAGAACACGUACAUCUUCUCUGGCAUGGAUAAGCGCCAGCAAGACUUUGUCUGGAUGCGAAUGGAUAUCCAGAUCUACGAGAUGGAACUUGGUGUCUACCUCGUAGACUUCAAGUGCUCCGGUUACGAACGAGUUGAUGGGACUCUGCUUGAGGACAAGGACGUUAUGAGCCCCUUUCCUUUCCUCGACAUGGCUGCCCAGCUGAUCAUGCAACUCGCCGAGGCUGAUUAG